GGUGCAGAGACUAGAGUGUUAAGCUGUUUGUGGCUUGUCAGUGUCUGUGUCUCUUUACACUGUGACCGUUUCCAGGAUCAGAUCAGCCAUCAGAAGGCAUGAAAUGGCGUGGUUGGCCUUCCUUCUUAUCUCCUGCCUUCAGAUAUUCAGCCCAUGUCAGGCGAAUGAACAAGCUUUUCUAAGGUUUGUUGGGAUUGGAGAUUGGGGUGGACUUCCUUCGUACCCCUACUACACGCCACAUGAGUUGGACACAGCGACCGAGCUGGGCAGAAUUGCUGAGAGCUCAGGUCUGGAUUUUGUCCUCAGUCUUGGAGAUCAUUUCUACUUCAGUGGGGUCAGGGAUGUAGAUGACACCCGCUUUAAGUCUACCUAUGAGAGUGUGUUCUCUCAUCCCGCGCUGAUGGACGUGCCAUGGUACCUGGUAGCAGGAAAUCACGAUCACCGUGGAAACGUGUCAGCCCAGAUCGCCUACUCAAACAGAUCUGAAAGAUGGAUCUACCCAGACCUCUAUUAUGAGCUGAACUUCAAGGUUCCUCACAGCAACACGUCCAUCACAGUCCUGAUGAUCGACACAGUGGUUUUGUGUGGCAACACGUAUGACGGGCUUGAGCCCGUGGGUCCCGAGGACUACGUUGCUGCUAGCCAACAGCUAAAGUGGAUCGAGCAGAAACUUCAAAAUACCAAGUCAGAUUUUGUCAUUGUGGCCGGUCACUAUCCAGUCUGGUCUAUUGGCCAUCAUGGGCCGACUAAGUGCCUGGUAUCGAAACUCAGGCCCCUUCUGAAGAAGUACAGAGUCUCUUUAUAUCUGUGUGGUCAUGACCACAGUCUACAGUUUAUCAGAGAAGACGAUGGAAGUUCGUAUGUUGUCAGCGGAACUGGGGUUGAAGAGGAUAUUUACACCGGCCACAAGAACAGCUUCCCGUCCUCUUGGCAACUUUUCUCCAACAUGGUGAAUCAGACGACAGGCGCAUUUGUGUACUUUGAGGUCGGUACGAAUGAGAUGCUGAUAAGUUACAUCCAGCCAGACGGGAAGUGUGUGUACCAGACAUCCGUCCCUAAGCGCAAAGUCCAACUUUGACAU